AUGACAACAGGCAAUACAAGCAAGAUCACUGACUGGGUGAACCCCAAUGAUAAGUCUGGCGAGUUCAAGCGCCAGCAGUCAGCGUUCAGGAACUGGAUCUCCAGAGAGCCCGGCGCCCAGUUUCCUCCGGAGAAGGGCCGGUACCAUCUCUAUGUGUCCUAUGCUUGCCCUUGGGCCCACCGGACUUUGAUCACCCGGAAGCUGAAGGGUCUUGAGGAUAUCAUUUCCUUCUCGUCAGUGCAUUGGCACCUCGGAGAGAAAGGCUGGCGGUUCCCGACGCCUGAUGAGAAUCUGCCGGGGGAGAACACUGUCCCUGAUCCUUUGCAUCCCGAGUACACGCAUCUCCGCGAAAUCUACUUUUCCAAUGAUCCGGAGUACAAGGGCCGGUUUACAGUCCCGGUUUUGUAUGACAAGAAGAACAAGCUGAUUGUCAGCAACGAGAGCGCCGAGAUCAUCCGCAUGCUUUACCACGAGUUCGACGACCUUCUCCCUGAGCAAUUCCAAAAACUUGAUCUCUUCCCACCAGCCCUCCAAAAAAACAUAGACGCCGCUAACGACUGGAUCUACAACGACGUCAACAACGGCGUCUACAAAUCCGGGUUCGCAACCACCCAAGAAGCCUACGAGCGCGCCGUGAAGACGCUGUUCGCCUCGCUGGACAAGAUCGAGUCACACCUCAGUCAGUCGUCAGCGUUCUAUUUCGGAGAUGCCAUCACCGAGGCCGAUAUCCGGCUGUUCACGACCAUCAUCCGCUUCGACCCUGUCUAUGUGCAGCAUUUUAAGUGCAACCUCCGCGAUAUCCGGUCCGGGUUCCCCGCCAUCCAUCGCUGGGUCCGUCGUCUGUACUGGGAUGUGCCUGCUUUCCAUGACACCACCAACUUUGAACACAUCAAGUUCCAUUACACCAAGAGCCAUAAACAGAUUAAUCAGUUUGCUAUCACUCCUCUUGGGCCGCUGCCGGAUAUUCUGCCCAAGGAUGAGGAGGUUAGGGUUGUGAAGGCGGCUAAAUGA